AUGGAUUCGCGAGUAACCAAAUGCACUCCUGCAAAGGCGUCUUCGCUUGCAGACGACGCUUCCUCUUCUCCAAGAGGCGUUGCACCUCAGGAGUCGCCCGCUCCUGAAGUCUCACCAAAGCAACAGAAGGCAGAGGUGUUCGCUGCACCCUCUGACUCUGAGGAUGCAGACGCAGACCACACUUAUCCGUCUCCCUCUGAUUGUUCAGAAACAUCCCCCAAACGCGCUUGCCCUGCAGGUAACCCGUGGCUGCUGCAGGCAGCUGAGAUGGUCUUCGCGUCAUCCUCCAUCUCCCCUGAUGUACUGACGGAGGAGCCAGUGGGGGAGAGAAGGCCCCUUCUUCUGGCGGCGGUAGCGGAGGCAAUAGAGGGCGAAAGAGCUGUAACGAAAGCUGCCGAGGAACUGAAACUUGAAACAGAUGGCUCAAUCUCUGAGUGUCAGAAAACACUUCAACGAACACUAGAUGAGGCAUUCGAUUUGGUUCGCUUGCUCUUAGCCCGAGGAGCGUCUCCGUCGGUGCCCUCUGAGAAGGGAGUCUUCCCGCUUGAAUAUGCAAUCAAGAAACACAGCUUGCGGGCAGCUGCUCUGUUAUUAGCUCCGCGGGAAUGCAGCAAAAAGAAAAGCAAGGGGUGUUUUCCCCUACCCGACGGCCUCACUCCUCUCCACGUGGCAUCUGCUGCAAACGAUCUCAACUUGGCCACCUUGCUGCUGAGCAAGGACGCCUCCAACUCUCUGCAAGCAAGCGCACGGUGCCAGAACUGCCGUGACCGUGCAGCAAUAGCCGUCGCAUGCACUCCCCCAGCACCAAAGGGUCUACGGCAGCCCCCUGCGGUCUCCGUGAGCCUUCCUCUUUGUCGUUCAUGUUUAGUCAAGGCGCGAGACGAACGAAAUUGCACUGCAGCAUUUUACUGCGGGAGCAGCAGUAUGCUGAGGCUGCUGCUAGACAGCGGCACACCUCUUGAGUUGCGCAGCAGCGCGGGAGAUACUUUGCUCCAUGCACUUGUCUACAACGCUCGCCGUUUUGUAGAGAUCGAGCCCAUCAGUGUCGCGCACGAGGCAGGAGAGGAUGAAAUGGGUAAAGGAACGCAGGCGCGCCCCUCACAGGCCGCCUGCUGGUGUAAAGACUGCAGGGGAGCAGGGGGAAACCCAAGGGGCUCUGCCCUUUGCCGCAUAUUGCUUCUGCUGGAGCGCGUCGCCUCGCAAGCUUCAGUGAACACCCCCCCGGGCGAGUCGGGGAAUUCAAAAGCCGUUGCAGACUUCAUCAACACCCGCAACCAUGCCGGCUGGACAGCGUUGCAUCUGGCAGCCUCUCGCGGGUAUUCAGAUAUAUGCAAGGCUGUUGCGCGAAAGCGUGGAAAUAGCCAGCAUCAAGCCUCCCGCUAG